AAAAAAAAAAAAACUAGAAAACCAAAACCCUUGUCAUCACUUCUUCCAUUUCCUUUGAACCCUAAAACCCUUUCUCUGUUUCUCUUUUCAAUCCAAACAAAAUGGGUAGCAAUCAAGCAGCAGUAACCAUCCUAACCAACGUAGCACGUGCCGCUUUCGGUCUCGGCGUCGCCGCAACCGCCGUGAAUUCAUCUAUCUACACAGUCGACGGUGGCCAACGCGCCGUUCUCUUCGAUCGAUUCCGCGGUAUUCUGGAACAACCAAUAGGUGAAGGAACUCAUUUCCUAAUCCCAUGGGUUCAAAAGCCUUACAUCUUCGAUAUUCGAACUCGUCCUCAUACAUUCUCAUCGAUCUCUGGUACAAAAGAUCUUCAGAUGGUGAAUCUUACUCUUCGUGUUCUUUCUCGUCCUGAUACGGAACGGUUACCUACUAUUGUUCAGAAUCUUGGUCUUGAAUAUGAUGAGAAAGUUCUUCCGAGUAUUGGUAAUGAAGUUUUGAAAGCUGUUGUUGCUCAGUUUAAUGCUGAUCAGCUUCUUACUGAUAGGCCUCAGGUUUCUGCUCUUGUUAGAGAUAGUCUUGUUAGAAGAGCUAAGGAUUUUAAUAUUCUUCUUGAUGAUGUUGCUAUUACUCAUUUGUCUUAUGGUGCUGAAUUCUCUAGGGCUGUUGAGCAGAAGCAGGUUGCACAACAAGAGGCAGAGAGAUCUAAAUUUGUUGUGAUGAAGGCUGAACAGGAACGUCGCGCUGCAAUUAUCCGUGCUGAGGGAGAAAGUGAAGCUGCCAAGCUGAUUUCUGAAGCUACUGCUAUUGCUGGUAAUGGGUUGAUUGAGCUUAGGAGGAUCGAGGCUUCCAGGGAAGUGGCGUCUACUUUGGCCAAGUCUCCUAAUGUCUCUUACCUUCCUGGUGGACAGAACCUGCUCAUGGCUCUUAAUGCUUCACGUUGAUGAGGGACUCAAUGAUAUGGGGCCAUCGCAUGCUUGGAUUUGAUCAUUGUCUUGAGGCUCUCCUUUGUUGGACAGACGUUUUUUCUUUCUUACUUUGUAGAUCCUAUCUAAUGUGAGCGAGCAUGGCUUCAUAUUGUUUUCGAAAAUAAUAGUUAGAAAUGGAUUUGGAUCUUAAUUCUUGAUAAUUGUAGGAAUAACAACAAAUUUUACAAGGUGAACAAUGAAAUUGAAUGCUUUCUUGUGUGGUUUCAGCUAGAGUGUUACCGCAUACGAAUGUGUUUGGGGCGAGUAAAUUUAUUUGUGUUUGAAUAUUUUACUUUAAAAUCAAGUUGUUGUAUGACAGUAGUUUACCAUAAUGUAGAUGCUACUUUUUCA